GAAGGAGAUAAAGGAAGAGGGUAAACAGGAAGUAAAGGAGACAAAGGAAGAGGGGAAACAGGAAGUAAAGGAGACAAAGGAAGAGGAAACGCUGGGGGGGAUAAAAGAGUUAAAGAAAGAGGAGAAACAUAGGGAAAUGAAGGAGAUAAAGGAAGAGGGGAAACAGGAAGUAAAGGAGAUAAAAGAAGAGGGGAAACAGGAAGUAAAGGAGAUAAAGGAAGAGGGGAAACAGCAGGACGUGAAGAAGAUGAAGGAAGAGGGAAAAGGGAAGUUAAGGAGAUAAAGGAAGAGGUGAAACAGGAAGUAAAAGAGAUAAAGGAAGAGGGGAAACAGGAGGAGGCGGACAAGUUAAAAGAAAAGAAGAAACAGGAGAAGGUGGAGGAGAUAAAAGAAGAGGACAACCAGGAGGAGGAAGACUUAAAGGAAGAGGGAAAGCAGGGGGAGGAAAAAGAGUUAAAUGAAGAGGAGAAGAAGGUGGAGAUAAAUGAGGGGAAGAAGCAGGAACAGUUAAAAGAAGAGGAGAAGCAGCAGGAGAUAGGAGAGUUCAAAGAACAGGAGAAAAGGGAAGAGUUAAAGGAGGUUGAGAGAGUAAAGGAACAAGAGAAGAAAGAGGGUGAAGAAAAGCAAGUACAGUCUCAUUUGGAGGUAUUAAUGGAAAACAGCAUCCCUUCUUUAUCUCACACUCAGAAAGCCACUGAAAGCCCAGAGUCAGAGAGCAACGGGGAAGACACACGCGGUGAAAACAGCUCUGGGUUCUCCGAAAUGCCCACAAAGACUCAAAAGAGACAGGCCGAAAACCCACAGAUGGACGAAGAGAAGAGAGAGGGAGAAAAGAAACAGGGGGAGGUUAAAGAAAAGCAGGAGACGGAGAAUUUGGAGGGUGAGAGGAGGAACAAAGGGAAAGAAGGGAGCCUUAAAUGUUCAAAUGAGCUUUGUCCUCAAGCUAGUGGAGACGCAUUUGUCGGGGUCAAAGAUGGAAAUGAUUCUGCAAAUAAGUUGAGCUCAAUAGAUGAGGGGACAAAGGAGACAGGAAAGCAAAACCCAGUGGCAGACAAUGAUCAAAUAUUAGCAGAUAGGACAGGAGUGAGUCAGAUGGUAGCAGCUGACGACACGGAGAGAGAUGAGGGUGAAGAAAAAAAAGAUGAUGUUGCUAAGGCCGACGAGGGGAGAGAAGAGCAGGUUGAGCAGAAAAACAAUGAUCUGCUACAUUCAGGGGAGAGUGGCCGAAACAGCCUUCCUAAUCAACGUUCACUUAGUCAGACAGCUGAGAACAAAGAAGAUGAUCAAUUAUAUUCCAGUGAACCAGACAACACUGAGCUUUCUGACGACAAUGUGCUCCGUCAGGGAGAUAAAACUAAGUCUGAAGUCACUGAAACCAGCAGCAAAGGGAUUUCCACUGAGAAGGAAACUGAGCAAAUACACUCUGAUUAUGUGAUAGACACAGCGGAGGACACUUACAGAGAAGAGAGGGAGAUCAGCGUGAAGCAUGAUGAUGUAAGGGUGAAUGAGGGCAGAGAUCUGAGUACAGGUGGUACUGUAUUCAGGACAGAGGAAGGAAUGGAGGUUUCAGUUUCGUCCAGUGACCCUGUUGAAAGCCAGGCCGUGACAUGUGAACACACUGCUCCUCAACAUGCAUCCGGUUCUUCACAUCUGUCUGAUGGUCACAAUAAACGAGCAGCAGAGACUGGAAGUGGAGGAGCAUUCGGCCUUUUCGAAAACGCCUUUAGCUUUUUUAGCCAAACGCCUGUCACCGAAACUACGGAAUCCCCAGAAUCUGCCCCAAGUUUGGAUUCUAACACAGGUGAGACAUCCGAGGCACAAGCCUCUCUCCCUCCCGAACAAGAACGGGAUUCAACCACUGGUUCGAGUCACGUUUACAUGCAAGAUUUGCACACAGACUCUCCCAUCACCUUGUCACAACAGCAGCUGCAGCCUCUCUUUACAGAGACCCAGGCAUCAUCUCCUCCCCCGACGCAGACCCGUUCUCAUCCCACAGAAAGCCCCAUCCAAACAAAGACCCUCACCAAACAUUACAAGAACCUUCUCAUCUACAUGAGCGCGGACGAGACGACUAUUAUGAAGGAGCUCUUUGGACGACACAAGCUGCAGUUUUUGGAUUACGUUUUAGGAAGCUCAGAAACCACGACCGAUGACCCCGAUAAUGACGACUCGAUAUUGUUGGAUAUAGAAAGACUUCUGCGUUAUCACAGGGAGACGCUGGUCGCUCCUAGCGUGAGGCUCACGGAUGCACCACAGGAGGACAAAGAAAAGACCACAACGCUCAUCGCACUUCAGAAGCUAGAAAUGCUGUUGGCGAGAGUGAGAGAGACUUUCAACACAGUCGAGGACAGCUGUGUUGGUGAAUCCUGUUCGACUCACAGUAAAGAUAAGGAAACGGCCACCGAGGAAGAUCCUUCUGUGAGCCUGGAUAACCACACCCCAAGAGAUGAAUGGACGGGGCUGGAUGAAGAGAAAGACGGACGACUGAGCGGAGGCACAGGAAAAGAGAGGGUGACUGAGGAUAAGACAAAAGAAGAGAAGGGAAAAAGAAGUGGAGGAGAGAGAGUGUCCCCUGAGUCCCGUCCUUACAUUCAGCCAGGAUCACCACAGUCCCUGGAAGGGGUAAUAAAUCAAAUUCUGGACUUUGUUCAUCAGAUCGCUGAAGAUUCAACCACUCAUGUUUGUGCAGUGACAGAGCUCCUCAUAUGGCUUACUGAACAGGUUGUAUCAACACUGCCUGAUGACAUCAGACCCGGGCCAGACCUGUAUGGGGUGCCAUGGGAACCAGUCAUCAUCACCAGUGUGGUGGGGCUGGUGACAAUGCUGUUGUUCACCUGUAGAUGUUAUAGCUCUGUCAAAAGCAGAAUGUAUCAAGGUAAAGAGCAGCGGAUGGCUGAGCAGGUUGCGCAGCUGCUGGAUGAGAAGUGUAAAGUCCUUGAGACUCUCAGCAAAUGUCAACAAGAGUACGAUGACCUGGAGAGCUCACUGAGGGACAGUGGUGUCUUGGCCCAAACUCAAAAGACAGAACAUCUUGAGGUUAAAGCCAGACAGUUGGAACAUGCCAAAAGAGAGCUUGAUAGGGAUCUUGAACAGCUAAAGGAUCAACUGGACCAACAGAGAGAACACAGGAUAGAGCAAGAAAAGAGGAUUGCAGUGCUUGAAGAAAGCAUGAACACAUUUGAAGAAGAAACCAAAGACCUCCAGUCACAGGAAGAGCAGGCACAAACCACUCUGAAAGUGUACAAUAUGAACAGUGACAGACUACAGAGGAAUUUGGAAACAGCUGGAGAGGAGAACACACUGCUACAGGAGAGCAAUGCUCAGUUGAGGCAGCAGGUGGAGGGAUGGGCAGAAAGAGUAAGUGAGUUGGAGGCGGAGAUGAGCAGGUGUGAGGUCGCCCACAGGGGGAUGCUGCAGGACGUGGCCAACAAGGAUGAGCGUAUAAUGUCCUUGACAGAUCGGCUGCUGAGCAUGAAAGCUUGGGAUUCAGACCUGGAGGAAGAGGCAGAUGGGGAAGGAGAAGGGAAGGAGGCGUCCAAUGGUACAGCAGGGAGAGGAGAGGAGAAUGGAAGAGGAGACAUUUUGGACACACAAGGCCAUCUCCAGAAAGUCCAGAAACUUAUCUAUGCUGCUAAGCUGAAUGCAGACCUCAAAUCAGUAGAUGAAGACAAAGACCGAUUAUUUGCCAAACUGAAUGAUGAAGUCAAAGCUAAAGAAGACCUGCAAGUGAGAAUUGAGGAGCUGGGUAAUGAGAAAUUAUCUCUGCAGUCGGACACUGAGCAGUACUCAGAUCAGGUCCAAAGAUUACAACAGAAACUCCAGAUUAUGACAGAAAUGUACCAGGAGAAUGAGCUUAAGUUACACAGGCUGCUGACAGUGGAGGAGAAGGAGCGCAUGCAGAAAGAGGAGAAGUUAAAUAAAGCCGACAAAAACAUCACCAUGGCCAUGGAAGAACUCAGCAACUAUAGACAACGAGCAGGAGAGAUGGAGGAGGAGCUGGAGAAAACCAAACAGUCUUACCAGACUCAAAUAUCAGCACAUGAGAAGAAGGCACACAAUAACUGGCUGGCAGCCCGCGCAGCAGAGAGAGAGCUAGCAGACAUCCGGAGAGAGAACGGCCUCUUCAGACAGAAGCUGACAGACACACAGUUUAAACUGGACGCCCUCGACAACGAUCCCUACGCCUUGGACAGCCUGGCUAGACCACUGCCUUUCAGAGCUGAAAGGUCACCGUAUGGCCCAUCUCCCCUGGGUCGACCUGCAUCUGAAACCAGAGCUUUUCUUUCUCCUCCUACAUUAAUGGAUGGACCACUUGCUAGACUGUCUCCACGAGUGUCUCGAGGUCCAGUGGAGCCCCCAGGUGGCCAAGGAGAGAUGGAGCAGAGUGGAGGUCCUCAUUCAGACAGUGGCUCAAUCUCUCCAACAUGGGAGAGAGAUCGUAGGGGCCCCCCACCAGGCCCCCUAGGACCCCCAGGCUAUAUGUUCCCAGAACAAGGAGGUCCGAUGUACAGGAGACCUCCUCCCGGAGCUCUGGGCCUCUUGCCUCCACCCGGCCCUCUCCAUCCUAGGGGUCUCCCCCCAUUACCCCCUCACCCUGCAGACAUGGCGGAUGGCUCAUACAGAGAAAACAGCCAUGGGCCUGGUGAACAGGAACACAGAGAGACGGGUCCUGGUGACCGAAGGACUCCCCCUGAAACGGAUCCAAGGAUGGGGGGCGCACCCCCACCUGGACCCCCGAUGGGGCCCAUGGACGGUCCCUUUCCUCGUAGAUCCCCUUAUGGACCACCACCUCCUGACUUCUACCCUCCUAGGGGACCUGGGGGCCCUCCCAUGAUGCCUAUGUGGGCCCCUCCUCCUCCUGCAGGGAUGAUGUUCCCUCCUCGUUUCCCUCCAGGUGGACCUCCUCAUCCUCACUACGCUCCCCCCAUGCGGCCCCCUUUGCCCGACGGCCACCUACAUCCUUCCAUGGGUCCUCCCCCUCCUCAGCAGUCCUUCCCCUCCCCGCCACACAGCCAGUCGCCAGAGGAGCACACGCCCUCGCCUGAAGACGCCAUUUGAGCCCGACCAGGUUUUCCACUCGAGCUGUGAGAUGACGCGUUUGUGGUUAAAGUUGAACUCAGCGGUAGACAGAUGGUUGGCCAGGUUGCGGUUUUCCAUCUUCCCAGGAUGUAUUUAAUGAAGAGUGUUAGCGUAGGGGAAGUAUCAGCCUUCAUUAGCCCACUUUGUUGUCGUUUGUUUGCUUCGGCCCCGUCUUUCUGCUCUUUUAACAUCCUCUCUCUUUCUUCUGCUCCGUCACUUGCCUUUUUUUUUUUUUUUUCUUCUGGUACUCUCGCCCUGCCCAAUCAUCAUCCAUCUACAUCACCUGUGAAGUGUGUGUGUGUGUGUGUGUGUGUGUGUGUGUGUGUGUGUGUGUGUGUGUGUGUGUGUGUGUGUGUGUGUGUGUGUGUGUGUGUGUGUGUGUGU